AUGGCGUGCUACUACAUCGUGAUCAGUUCCACACACCUCAGCAAUGGACACUUCCGCAACAUCAAAGGAGUUUUCAGAGGACCGCUGUGCAGAAACGGCAACUUGGAUUAUGCGGAAAAGGAGAAAACUUUAGCCAAAGCUCUGGAGGACCUGAAGGCUAAUUUCUACUGCCAGCUGUGUGAUAAACAAUACUACAAACAUCAGGAGUUUGACAAUCACAUUAACUCAUACGACCAUGCACACAAACAGAGGCUCAAGGAGCUAAAACAGAGGGAAUUUGCCCGCAAUGUGGCCUCCAAAUUAAGGAAGGACGAGCAGAAGCAAGAACGAGCACUUCGGCGGCUACAUAAAUUAGCCGAACAGAGAAGAGAGGUUCAAUGUGCUCCAGGAAGUGGCCCAAUGUUUAAAUCCACCACUGUGGCAGUGGAAAGCUUCAAUAAAUCCUGCUUCAUGGAUAAGGAGGAAAACCAGACCAUUGCAGAACAAGAGACGGAAUCUCAAAUCCCAUGGCCAUAUCGAGGAAAAACAAAGAAACAAACUCUCCGCCGCAAGAUUGCAUUCUCCUUUUCCUUUCCAAAGAAAGCCUCACUGAAGCUGGAAUCUUCAGCUGCAGUCUUUUGUGAGAGUACCGAGGACAAGAAGCUGAUUAAAUAUGAUACAGAGAUGAUGACACAUCAAAAGAGUUCCACCAAAAGUUCCCUGAAUGAUGCAGUGCCUGCUUCAGAUCUCUGUGCUUUCCUCGUUUACUCAGAGGAUAGAUCAGUGUCUCCAAUUAGCCACUUUCCAACUGUUUCUGGAAGCUCUGAUCUCAGUCUCUACUCAGAGGAGAGCAAUAUAGUUGAAAAUAAAGAAGACAGUAGUCAGGAAGAGAGCACCAUAAAUGAUGCUCCUCAACCAACAUCAUGUGAUGUCAGUUCAUUUCAAAGCCAAGAAAAAGAUGUUUUUCUCAGAAAACCUAGCCAACCUUUCAUUUCUGUUGUGGGUCGAGAUGGUAAAACUAUCUUCCAAUGGCCUUCAGAAAUGGUGUGCUUCACAAAAACAGAGCCCUCCAUGUCAUUUAGCUGCAACCCUCUCCAUUUUGACUUCAGAGGUUCACAGUUCAGGAAGUCUCCUGAUGACUUUCAGAACAAAAAUGACCAAGAAUUGUCUUUCAUUUCUGAAAAAAGUCCAAAAACAUCCUUCUCUUCCUAUGAGAUAUCCACAGAGGAAGCCACGUGUAGAAUGGAAAGAAAUAUCCUAUAUUCCAGCAAUGCACAAAGCAAAUGUAAGCGUUUGAAAAAUUGGCCUCAGAGUAGUAAGAGAGCAGAGGACAAAUUGCAAGGCAGAGAUCGACGCCAUUACAGAAGUCAGCACAAAAAGAGGCACAAGAGAAGAAGUAGGUGGCAGAAUGAAGAUCAUCGUGAGAUGGAGCAGAGUGCAAAAAUGAAGAAGUGGACUAAACUCCACAAACGAGAAGGAUUUGAAAGCCGAUUUAGAGGCUGUGCUGCACAGCAAGAGCAGCAAUUAGAGAAGUCAAAGCAAUCAGCUCAGAAUCAGGCAGAGAAUAACAGCACUGUUUCCUCAGCAGGAGAAUCUGUUGAAGUUGAAAAGGUACUUGAUAUUAGUCAGGGAACAUUAGAUGUCCCUGCUUUAGGGCAGACAACAAUCACACGAAAUGACUCACACCAUCUCAGUGUGAUUCCUUCUGAUCAUGAGACAUCAGUUACAGAUCACAGCAGCCUGACUAUACCAAAGAAACGACAAAGUGACUCCCAGAGCAAAGAGGAUAAUGUUUGGUCAGAUCAUACACAGUGUGGCGUGAUUGAGGAGCUAGACAAAGAAGAAGAUGUUUUGUGUCUAAAUCAAGGACCAAAAAGGCAAAAAUUGGACCAAAGUCCUAUCACACAUCUCACUGAUGAACAUCCUGCUUUUGUUGUAAAGGGACCAGAUGGAAUAGUGGACAUGGAAUCAACAUGGAAUAUCCUCAAUUUAAAAGAUCCAGGCACAUGUGAUCCUGAAGGAGAUAAUGUGGCAGGUGAAGCAUCCACUGAUAAAAACUGCAUUUCCACCUCAGAUACAAAUUCUCAGGGUCUACCUGAGCAAGAUCUACAGCCUAAAGAGGCAAAUCAGCUUCCUACUGUCCAAAAUGGUGACUCAGCAACAGAGAAAGACUCUGAAAAUGAGUGUAAUAAAUGUGCCAUCACAUCUCGAGUCAAAGAAAAAGAGAAAGUCAGCCAUGAUAAAUCCUGCCAGCACACUCCACCAUUGCCAGGCUUUCAACUUCUGGAUGAGGAAAGGCAGAACUGUGCAAUCCAGAGUCCAUUUAACCCAAUGCUGUGCUUUACAUCUCAACUCAGUGGUGUGGAGAGGCAUGGCUUUCUUCACAGCCACACACACAAACAGGUUCUGCACCAGAAAGUGUUCUCUGCUAAGCUCAGAUCUACGCUUCCCCUGUCCUCUCCUAUUAUUCACCCUGUUCAUUUACCAUCUGCCAUUCCAUCCAGUUCCAUCACCGUCCUUCAGCAUCACUCUACCUUCCUGCCCACUCAGCCUUCCCUCUUUACCCAGGUAGUGCCUCUUACUCGCCUUCCUCUUGCCCCUGAAAUCACACCCUUCAUAACCUCAUCUCAAGUUUCAAUGGUGGCUCCACCCACUAUCCACACAACAGCCGUGACAUUCCACACUUUACCCCGUCCUCAAGUCUUUCGGCCACUCUUGCACCCCCCUACUCCUUUCCCACCCUUACUCCCCCCUCACACUACUGUCAUUCCCCUUCAGCCUCUCUUCUGA